GUCCCGUGCUUCCCUCGUGGAGUCGUGGCUCGCCUGCUGCAGACCCGGUUGUCUCGCAAAAGAAGCGAAAGAGCUCGGUUCAAGUUUUGCUGCUGGCCUUCCCCUACUGCGAGUUUGACCCUUCUUUCGGAAAGUGACGUGAAUUUGCAUUGAAGCACCUGCACAGCUCCAUCUUCAUCUUUUUCCCCUUCCCCCACGAUAGCCGCCCAUCUCAUUUCUCUCUCUCCAAACGAGAUCCUCCUCCGAAUACCAACACUUCCUUUAAUUGGCGCUGCGGUUCUUUCGAAGCUGCGCUGUUCCACGCCUUUACACACACACAUCUACACACAUACACAUCGCCCAAGAUGCAGUCCCUGAGACAGAUGCGGCCGACAGGCAAGCUCCUGAACCAAGCCGCCAAGCGUGCAUACAGCGCCUCUGCAGCUGGCCCUUACACCAAGACCAUCGACAACCUGCGCAUCAACUCCGAGACCAAGGUGCUUUUCCAGGGCUUCACUGGCAAGCAGGGAACUUUCCACGCGCAACAGGCCAUCGACUACGGCACCAAGGUCGUUGGUGGAACGAACCCCAAGAAGGCCGGCCAGGAGCACCUCGGUCUCCCCGUCUUCGGUAACGUCAGCGAGGCCGUCAAGGAGACUGGCGCCGAUGCCACCGCCAUCUUCGUCCCCCCCCCUCUGGCCGCCGCCGGUAUCGAAGAGGCCAUUGCCGCCGAGAUUCCCCUCGUCGUCUGCAUCACUGAGGGUAUCCCCCAGCAUGACAUGGUCCGCAUCACCAACAUGCUGAAGACGCAAUCCAAGACCCGCCUCGUCGGCCCCAACUGCCCCGGCAUCAUCGCCCCCGGCCAGUGCAAGAUCGGUAUCAUGCCCGGCUUCAUUCACAAGCGCGGCCGCAUCGGCAUCGUCUCCCGCUCCGGCACCCUCACCUACGAGGCCGUCAACCAGACCACCCAGGCCGGCCUCGGCCAGUCCCUCGUCGUCGGUAUCGGCGGUGACCCCUUCAGCGGUACCAACUUCAUCGACUGCCUCAACGUCUUCCUCAAGGACGAGGAGACGGAUGGCAUCAUCAUGAUUGGUGAGAUUGGUGGUUCUGCCGAGGAGGACGCUGCCGACUUCCUCCGCGCCAACAACACCGUCAACGGCGGCAAGCCCGUCGUCUCCUUCAUCGCUGGUAUCUCCGCGCCCCCUGGCCGUCGCAUGGGUCACGCCGGUGCCAUCGUCUCCGGCGGCAAGGGCGGUGCCGACUCCAAGAUCUCCGCGCUCAAGGCUGCCGGCGUCAUUGUCGAGCCCUCCCCCGCCGGCCUCGGCAAGGCCCUCUACGACGAGUUCGUCCGCCGCGACCUCUUGUAAAAACAACCACAUCAUAUCUUCGAGACGUUGAAGGGGUAAAGCUUCAGCUGUGUAUGUAACAUAUUAAAGAAGAGAAUUUUGUGUUGAGAGCGUAGUCACCGGGAUAGGAAACACCAAGCUUCUCUCUCGCCUUGCAUCGAGUGAGAUGCGCCGUGUGUGUGUGUGUGUGUGUGUGUGUGUUUGAACGUGUUGCCCCAAAUAACUUGAUAUAGACUGGAGGCUGGGCAAGGACAACAGGGCAAGCAAACGAAGG